CUGGACCGUCAACGUACGAGUGACGUCACGUGCGCGCCAGUCUAAACUCUUCCUAGGGUUCUUUCUAAACUGCGGCAGCAAGUUGUCAGAUUCCCUAGUUGAAUUUGCUUUGGACAUCAGUGUGAAGAAGAACUGAUAUGCCACUUGAAUUAAUAAAGGAAGUCAAUGGGGUGCCUGAAGUUCAGCCGCUGAGUAAAUUACGUAAAGUAGAUUUCGGAUCCCUACAGCCAGGUUACAAUUAUAGCAAGAAAUAUAUUCAGGGAAAACUUUCACUUAUCUCUUCUUUAACUUAUCGUGGAAAUAAAACAGCUGUUUUGCAGAUUGGACUACAAGGACACCAUUGCAGUGGCUAGAUUUAUUGUUUUUUUAGCUUCUUCAUCUAUAGGCAAAGAUGAUAAACCUUGCAUAUUUUUGAAAGCAUUUGAAGACCUCAAAUCAACUGUUUAUGGUUCUAUGCAGGAAAAAUUUUGAAUAUCAGCUCUGAUUUUCCACUUCUAUUGGACUGACAGAAGUUUGCAUUAUUUUACAUUCUAUCUUGAGAACUGAAUAUUGCUGUGCUUCAAAUUUAAUCUGUUUAUGUCAAAUCUGUAAGAGAUUUUUCUACAGAAUCAAUGUCUUUGGUUCCAGCAACAAAUUAUAUAUAUACACCCCUGAAUCAACUUAAGGGUGGUACAAUUGUCAAUGUCUACGGUGUUGUGAAGUUCUUUAAGCCCCCAUAUCUAAGCAAAGGAACUGAUUAUUGCUCAGUUGUAACAAUUGUGGACCAGACAAAUGUAAAAUUAACUUGCCUGCUCUUUAGUGGAAACUAUGAAGCCCUUCCAAUAAUUUAUAAAAAUGGAGAUAUUGUUCGCUUUCACAGGCUGAAGAUUCAAGUAUAUAAAAAGGAGACUCAGGGUAUCACCAGCUCUGGCUUUGCAUCUUUGACGUUUGAGGGAACUUUGGGAGCCCCUAUCAUACCUCGCACUUCAAGCAAGUAUUUUAACUUCACUACUGAGGACCACAAAAUGGUAGAAACUUUACGUGUUUGGGCAUCUACUCAUAUGUCACCGUCUUGGACAUUACUAAAAUUGUGUGAUGUGCAGCCAAUGCAGUAUUUUGACCUGACUUGUCAGCUCUUGGGCAAAGCAGAAGUGGAUGGAGCAUCAUUUCUUCUAAAGGUAUGGGAUGGCACCAGGACACCAUUUCCAUCUUGGAGAGUCUUAAUACAAGACCUUGUUCUUGAAGGUGAUUUAAGUCACAUCCAUCGGCUACAAAAUCUGACAAUAGACAUUUUAGUCUACGAUAACCAUGUUCAUGUGGCAAGAUCUCUGAAGGUUGGAAGCUUUCUUAGAAUCUAUAGCCUUCAUACCAAACUUCAAUCAAUGAAUUCGGAGAAUCAGACAAUGUUAAGUUUAGAGUUUCAUCUUCAUGGAGGUACCAGUUAUGGUCGGGGAAUCAGGGUCUUGCCAGAAACUAACUCUGAUGUGGAUCAACUGAAAAAGGAUUUAGAAUCUGCAAAUUUGACAGCCAAUCAGCAUUCAGAUGUUAUCUGUCAAUCAGAACCUGAUGACAGCUUUCCAAGCUCUGGAUCAGUAUCAUUGUAUGAGGUAGAAAGAUGUCAACAGCUAUCUGCUACAAUACUUACAGAUCAUCAAUAUUUGGAGAGGACACCACUGUGUGCCAUUUUGAAACAAAAAGCUCCUCAACAAUAUCGCAUCCGAGCAAAAUUGAGGUCAUAUAAGCCCAGAAGACUAUUUCAGUCUGUUAAACUUCAUUGCCCUAAAUGUCAUUUACUGCAAGAAGUUCCACGUGAGGGUGAUUUGGAUAUAAUUUUGCAGGAUGGUGCAACUAAAACCCCAGAUGUCAAGCUUCAAAAUACAGCAUUAUACGAUUCAAAAAUCUGGACCACUAAAAAUCAGAAAGGACGAAAAGUAGCAGUUCAUUUUGUGAAAAAUAAUGGUAUUCUCCCACUUUCAAAUGAAUGUCUACUUUUGAUAGAAGGAGGUACACUCAGUGAAAUUUGCAAACUCUCGAACAAGUUUAAUAGUGUAAUUCCUGUGAGAUCUGGCCACGAAGACCUGGAACUUUUGGAUCUUUCAGCACCAUUUCUUAUACAAGGAGCAAUACAUCACUAUGGAUGUAAGCAGUGUUCUAGUUUGAGAUCCAUACAAAAUCUAAAUUCGUUGGUCGAUAAAACAUCGUGGAUUCCUUCUUCUGUGGCAGAAGUACUGGGUAUUGUACCCCUCCAAUAUGUGUUUGUUAUGACGUUUACACUUGAUGAUGGAACAGGAGUACUAGAAGCCUAUCUCAUGGAUUCUGACAAGUUCUUCCAGAUCCCAGCAUCAGAAGUUCUAAUGGAUGAUGACCUUCAGAAAAGUAUGGAUAUGAUCAUGGAUAUGUUUUGUCCUCCAGGAAUAAAAAUUGAUGCAUAUCCGUGGUUGGAAUGCUUCAUCAAGUCAUACAAUGUCACAAAUGGAACGGACAAUCAAAUUUGCUAUCAGAUUUUUGACACCACAGUUGCAGAAGAUGUAAUCUAAUAUUGCCAUCCAAUUUAGCAUACAUAAAAUGUUGCCACUCACCAUCCCGGUUUGAGCUUCUUUUCCUGCCCUGAGUUUUGUAUCAGCAAUGUUGAUGAUUUUAGCAUGGGUAUGGGAUUAGAAAAUGUCCUUUCUUUAAAUCUCUUGGCUUUUACUGGGUGCAAGGUAAAUAAUGGCUGUAGAUUUUAUUUUGCUUUCUGUUUUGCUUUUGCACAAACAGACCUGCUUUUAACAAGUACUGCUGAGAUAAGUGUUUGUCUGAUCAAGCUAAAGUGUACUUUAAGUAGAAAUGGCAAAGUUGCUUUGUUAGGGUGCUGAUACUGAUGAUUUUAUGAUAAAUUCAGUUCUUUAAACAUGUAAUACAUGAUUUGAUUGCUUGUUUCUCUCCAGGAUAGUAGAGAUUUCUCUAUUUCACCUCAACCUAAUAAAGUGGUCAGAUUUAUAAUGUUAAUGACUUAAUAUGAUCCUUUUCUAAUAGUCUCCUGUAAAAUAUGCCAGUAUUACAGCUUACAACUGAUUGAAUGAGAUGUUAACUUAGUAAAAUAAUUUGAUUUUUACCUGACAGUGUUUGUCAAAGUUAAAAUCAUGAAUAUUCAAUUUUAUACAAACAUUUAAUACGUGUAUAGAUUUGUAUUUGUUAUUUGCCAAAGACAGAAAUAAAUUACCUGAUUUAAUAUUAGUGAAGAAUAAAUAAGUGCACACA